AAAACAAAACACUGAUUCCUAUCAUAUCCGUUUCCGUUGACGGUCAUAAAGAGUGUACUGUUAUCAGCUGGUCAACAUAAAAUUCCUCAAAAAUUACCUCAAACUCGACUAAGCUUGCCAGUCGCUCCAUUACCGCGAAAAGAUGAAGUUCAUCGCAGCUGGAUUAGCUCUUCUGGUCUGCUCCAUCCAGUUGGGUGAAGGAGCACCUGGUCACCUGCUAGACUCCAGUUGUGGCACGACAAAACCAGAAUUUAUCCCAAUGAUCACCGGGGGCGCAGACGCAGGCCUAUUCUCAAAUCCAUGGAUGGUGAAGGUGCUAGGCGAGAAACUAUGUGGUGGCUCGCUAAUCACCAGUCGCUUCGUUCUCACGGCCGCCCAUUGCAUCGUUAGUACACACAUGAGAGUACGCUUGGGCGAGUAUAAAACCCGCUUUCCUGGCAAGGAUUGCUCGCGCUGCGUGCCCAAGUCAUAUAAACUCAGGAGAAUACGCUUGGGCGAGUAUGACACCCGCUUUCCUGGCAAGGAUUGCUGCGUGCCCAAGUCAUAUGAACUCGCUGUGGAUAGAAAGAUUUUGCAUGCGGAUUAUAACCUAAACUUGGACAACGACAUCGGCCUGUUGCGCAUGAAGAGCUUCGUCCAGUACUCAGACUACGUCCGGCCGAUCUGUCUCCUGGUCGAGGGACACAUGGCGGAAAGUCCCAUCUUCAACAUCACCGGCUGGGGUGUCACCAACGAUGGCACGCCCAGCCGGAGGCUCCAGAGGGCCACUGUGUACAACACCGACCUCCACUUCUGCCGAAGCAAGUUCACCAAGCAGGUGGAUGAGUCGCAGAUUUGUGCUGCUGGCACAAAUAGCGAUGCAUGCCACGGCGACUCGGGAGGCCCGCUGAGCGCACAGGUUCCUUUUGCCGGCAGCUGGCUGACCUUCCAGUACGGACUGGUCAGCUACGGGUCGGCGGCAUGCCAUUCCUUCUCCGUUUACACCAACGUUACGCACCACAGGGACUGGAUUGUGAACGCCAUCGAAGACUUCAGCAGAGCUUUCCAGCUUAGACUCUAGCUACUCAUAAUAACAUUUCGUUGGCUUUUCUAAG